AUGAGUGUUGCAGAUGAUUACAAUCGCAAACAGAGAAGAAUAUUGAACCCCGCCUUCGGAGCUGCUCAGCUCAAGGAGCUAUCCCAAAUCGCUAUCGACAAAGCCGUACAAAUGCGUGACAUCUGGAAGCAAAGAGAUCUCCAAAAUGGUGGUUCUGCGCGUCUUGAUGUUCUUAGUGGCAUCAUCAAAAUGACUUAUGACAUCAUUGGGUUUGGAUAUCAUAUCAACGCUCUUAGCGAAGACGAAGUACCCAACGAGAUUAAUGUAGCUUUCCAAGGAAUUCUUAGACGUGCCAAAGGCAGACCCAGCAUCUUCCCCGUACUCAAGUAUUUCCUGCCCCCGCUGCGCUAUCUCCCUACGUCUCGUAUGAAACGCAUCGCCACAGCACGUGCGGCGAUGAACCAUAUUGAAAUGGAUCUCAUUGCGAAGGGAAAGGCGGAGAUUCUUACUGCAGCAGGAGGCGUACCGGAGAAGAUAGAAAAGAACAUACGUGGACGCGACGUCCUCGCCCUCUUGCUGAAAGAGAAUAUGGCAGUCGAUGUUCCAGGGAAUCAGAGGAUGUCCGAUGAAGAUGUGUUGGCGCAAAUUCCAGCAUCUGCUUGGGAAGAAUUUAGUUGUGGACGCAAAGCACUGACAUCCGGUCUUGUUCUAUCGACAGAUUUCUUGUGGACGGCCACGACACCAGAGUCGACCUCAAUGGUUGAUCGUAGAAUCACACUAGUAGUCGCACAACUUUGCAUCACUUCCUCCGCUGCUGCCUGGGCGCUAUACGCGCUUUCUCAGCUGCCAGCUGCGCAGGAAAAACUGUGUGUAGAGCUCCGUGGCGUGAAUACGGAGAAUCCACGUAAGAAUACUCUCGAGGCGCCGCCAUACCUCGAUGCGGUUGUACGAGAAAUCAUGCGUCUAUAUGCGCCUGUGCCAGCGCCUGUGCGAAGUGUAGCUGAGGAUGCAGAAGUGCCGCUCAGCAAUACACUUUGUGGAUAUUAA